AACAGCUCAACAUGAGGCUUAAGUGGACGGUUACGGUGGUGCUGCUAGCGAUUGUAUACGCAUGCACCGUUUCCGGACCGGUUGAGGGGGCAAAGAUUUUGGCGAUCUUUCCAACGUCCGCCCGAUCACACUACAUUGUCGGAUCGGCACUAACGAAAGAGCUGGCAAGACGCGGCCAUGAGGUGUACGUUAUCAAUCCAUUCCCGCAGAAGAAACCGUUGAAAAAUUAUCACGAUAUCGAUGUGAGCGGAUCAGCGGAUAUUGUUAAGGAUCUGGUACCGAACAUGUUCGAGAUGGCCGAUCAAGGCGUGUGGGAAGGCAUCACGAUGACGUACAAAUUUGGACAAAUGCUGACCAACUACACGUUGGAGCACCCGAACGUGAAGAAACUGAUCGCAUCGAACGAAAAGUUUGACCUAAUCAUCAUGGAGAGCUUUCUGAAUGACGCACACCUAGGGUUUGCCCAUCACUUCAAAGCACCUUGCCUCGUUUUGUCCACCUUUGGAGCAUCCCGCUGGACAAACGACUUGGUCGGAACACCAUCACCGAUAUCUUACGUACCGCAUCCGUUCCUGAGCUUUACCGAUCGGAUGUCAUUUGUGCAGCGCAUCGGUAACAUGUUGAUGGCAAUCAUGGACACCAUUCUGGGACACACGUUGGAUUUCCCGGUGCAGAGUGCUAUGUACGAAGCAUCAUUUCCCGAUCCAAAGCCCCCGCUAGAGGAGCUGCGCCGGCAGGCCGUGUCGUUGGUGCUGCUGAACAAUCACUUCAGCCUCAGCUAUCCGCGCCCGUACGUGCCGAACAUGAUCGAGGUCGGUGGAAUGCACGUGAAUCGCAAACCGAACCCGCUGCCGGAAGACAUCCAGCAGGUGCUGGAUAAUGCAACGCACGGUGUGAUUUACUUCUCGAUGGGUUCAAACAUCCAGAGCAGCCAGCUGCCGGUUGAGAAGCGUGAAGCAAUUUUGCGCGCCUUUGCGAAACUGAAGCAAACCGUGCUGUGGAAGUGGGAAGAUGAAACGCUACCGAACCGGCCGGACAAUGUGAUCGUUAAGGCAUGGUGGCCCCAGGACGACGUACUGGCCCACCCGAAUGUGCGGCUGUUUAUUACGCACGGUGGACUGCUCAGCACGACCGAGUCCAUGUACCAUGGUGUGCCGGUGAUUGGCAUACCGGUGUUUGGCGAUCAGUACCUAAACAUGGCCAAAGCCGAACGUACCGGGUAUGGGUUGCUGUUACCGUACCAGGAAAUAUCCGAAGAGCGGCUGUCGAGCGCGAUCAAUCGGAUAUUGGGUGAUUCGAAGUUUAAAACGAUCGCCCAAAGCAUAUCCGCCCGGUAUCGCGAUCAACCGAUGGAACCGCUCGAAUUGGCCGUCUAUUGGGUGGAGUACGUUAUACGGCACCGUGGGGCGGAGCACUUGAAGUCAGCCGGACAGGAGUUGGGCUUCCUGCAGUACCACGGGAUCGAUGUGAUCGCCACCAUCAUCGGUGUUCCGGUGCUGUUUUUCUAUCUACUGUUUAAGCUGCUGUGUGGCGGGCUGCGAUCGAAAAAGGCUACGUCGGUGAGUGCGAAAAAGAAGCGCAACUGAGCAUGUGUUGUGAUCAAUCGAAACUAUGUGA